GCUUUGACUCCAUGUUGGUGCUGCACGUUGAGAAGCCGUAGAAGAAGAAUUACUGUUGUAAACACAAGGAUAUGGCUGACGAGAGGGGUGGAGGUGAAGACAACAUUAACGACAACAUGGGAAACCAGUUACAGCUGCUACCAGACAAUGAGCAGGAGGAGGAAGAGGAGGAGGAUGACAUGGAGACUGAAGACCGAGACAGUGAGGAAACAGGGAAGCCCAACAUCAUCACCUUUGACCCCAGUCUUCCCACAUCACAUGCUUACCUGGGCUCAGACAUGGAGGAGUUUCAUGGCCGCACAGUCCACGACGACGACAGCUGUCAGACCAUUCCCGUGCUGCCACACACGGCUGUGAUGCUGGUUCCAGGCCAGACACUGCCUCUGCAGCUGUUCAGGCCGCAGGAGGUCAGCAUGAUGCGGAGCGUCAUCCAGAGAGACCGCACCUUUGCUGUGCUCGCACACAGCGAUGCCGGUGAACCGGAGGCAGAGUUUGGAACAACAGCCGAAAUCUAUGCAUACCGUGAGGAGCAGGAGUACGGCAUCGAAACAGUCAAAGUGAAAGCUGUAGGGAGGCAGAGAUUCAAGGUCCAUGAGAUAAGAACUCAAGCAGAUGGGAUCAGACAAGCCAAAGUACAAAUCCUCCCAGAACGAAUCCUUCCAGACCCCCUCUCUGCCGUGCAGCUGACGCCCCUGUCCAGGCUCCACAUGCACCCCUCCUCAACACCCCAGAGCUGGAAACAGGCUCAGUGCUGGUGGAGUAACUAUCAACAGAGGAAGUUUCACUGUGCCAGCCUGACACCAUGGCCACCGUGGGUCUAUGCACUCUACGACUCUGAGUCGCUAAUGAACAGAGUGAAGAAACAGCUUCACGAAUGGGAUGAGAAUCUGAAGGAUGACUCUCUCCCUACCAACGCCGUAGACUUCUCCUACAGAGUGGCGGCCUGUCUGCCCAUAGACGACGCUCUGCGGCUUCAGCUGCUGAAGAUCGGCAGUGCUAUCCAGAGACUUCGCUGUGAGCUGGACAUCAUGGACCGGUGCACAUCACUGUGCUGUAAGCAGUGCCAGGACACAGAAAUCACCACAAAAAAUGAAAUUUUCAGCUUGUCUCUCUACGGCCCAAUGGCUGCAUACGUAAACCCUCACGGUUACGUCCAUGAAACCCUGACAGUCUACAAAGCCAACAACCUCAACCUGGUCGGCAGGCCAUCCACGCUGCACAGCUGGUUUCCAGGGUACGCCUGGACAAUUGCUCAGUGCCGGACCUGCGGGUCUCACAUGGGUUGGAAGUUCACAGCCACCAAGAAGGACUUGUCUCCACCUCGUUUCUGGGGUCUGACCCGUUCAGCCAUGCUCCCCCGAAUCCCCCAGGACGAAGACGGAAGAGAGGGCUCUCGCGUCUUCUGCCUGUGACGUCAAACUAUCCAUCUGCCUCGUUCAAAAAAGAAAAUACGCCAUGCACACCUCCCCAACCCUGGAUCUUCAGCUUCCUGGCUGUGAUUACUCUGAGUAGUCAAUGCAUCACAAUGUCUGUCACCCCCUGCCAGCAAAUCCAUCAUAUUAGAGGAAAGGUCCUUCAACCUUUAAAUGGCACUCUAAGGGAAGAUUAGACCAGGAUGGAGGUAGUGGUUGUUCUUAAAGUGUAGAGGCGGUGUUGAGAUGCUGAAAGCAUUUUGUUAAAGUGGGGAAAAAAUAAUGGCAAGUGACAGGUGAGACGGACUGACUUCAUGACACGUGGUUGACAUGCCAGCAUGCAGCUCCCUGACCUGCACCCCUGUCCAGCUGUUUUCCUGGUUGCUGCAGGCCCAUAUAAACACACAGAAACAUGAAAGGUUUGCUGAAUGCAUAGUCUUCUUUCAUCCUUAACUCCUUCUCUUCAGUGCAGAGUCUGACCGCAUGUAGCUGACACAGAGAUAGCAUCGGCAAUCUGUGUUGGUCACUUGAGUCUGUUCUAAUAAUCCACAUACAGCAAGCUUAGAGUACUUUCAACAUAGCAUUCAGAUCUUUUUGUUAUUUUAGCUGCCAUAGACCAGUGGAGAAAACCGUUUGAAUGAAAGUGCUCUCAUGUACGUGUCAGUGUGUCACGAUGCGGGAUGUUUUGAAACAUGGAAUUAAACUGGAUGUAUUUUUGUAUGCGAGGUGAUUGGAAAUUAAUUCAACAUACCCACUGAUGUGUGAAGAAGCCGUGCUUUUUAUUAUCACAGCAGAUUUUUUUAUUUUCUCUACAAAAAGCUGAGCUCACAAUAAUGAUAAUGUGUAAUAUACCUGAUGUCAUCUGCGUCUGUUUUGUAUUUAAUGGGAGCUCAAUGUCGCAUCUGAUGAUCCGCUUUGGAAAUGUCAUUAUCUCUGGUUGCACAAGUGAAAAUCAGAGAUGUAAUGUUGCCUCGUGGCAGACUGGUUAUUAAAGGUCAGAGCUAAUUAAGAUGGAGAGCAAGAGGAGCAUUUAUCCCUCCUCAUUUAGUUUGUUCAUGUUGCAUGGCGUGUUAAAAUGCUGUGUCUAUGCUACAACGCAGUUUCUUUUCAAAAGCUAAAAAAUAAAUGAAACGCAGACGUUAAUGAAAGACUAUAAAUGGCAAUGUGAUGUUAAGAUUUAUAAUUAAUGGUUUACUUUUUUUUUAGGAUUGUCGCACAGCUUUCGGGAUGUUAUUUCUUGCUAUUUUUGUUGCAAGGUGCUGGCUCACAUUUGUAUAAAUGUAACUGUAGUUCAGACAGUUACAGUGUUUGUGAGUGUAUUAUGACUGUUGUUCUACUGUUUGUAGAAUCUUAUUUCCCAAAACUUCCUGAGAAUUGCUACAGAAUCUUCAUCAGUAGGCAGAGCAACUGGACACAAUAAGAAAUGUAGAAUCUGAAGAUCUUUCUGUCUAAUGAAAUGUUUUUGGAUGUAGUAGAGUUUUUGGGAAAAAUCAGUUUUUCUUUCUUUCUGUGCUGAGAGUAGGGGAGAUUGACACCACACUCAUAACCUUCAGAUAAAUGUUAGACUAGCACCAAUAACUAGUUAUUUUAGCUUUCCACAGAGACUAGAAACAGGGUGAUGGUUGCCAUGUUGUAGCUUGCUUGUUGAGUUUGUAAAGUAAAAAACUGAGUUUUUACACAGGUUUUUGUUUUUACAGACAAAACAAAAAAGACAAUAUGUUGCAGGUAGGUAUUUUUGCCGCGUUGGACAGAGCCAAGUUAGCUGUUUCCACUUUUUUUUACAGUCAUGCUAAGCUAAGCUAACCAGCUGCUGGUUGUAGCCUUACUUCUAGCAAACAUCAAACUCAAUGGCUUUAAAAUACAUUAGCUUCUUUGCAAAAAAAAAAAAAAAAAAAUCCUUUAACAUAGGGGGCAGCUUUCAAUACAACUCAUCUUAUGUGUUAUUGUUUCAUUGGAGACAUUUCCACUGUAAGAAUAACACAUGAAAUCUAAAUUACUGUGCUGUGCCUCUUCUCUGUCAUAUCACUGGCUGAGUGUUUACCGCGCUCUCAGAUUCUCGUUCACCUAUAAAACUAUAAAAUGGAUGCUUCACUGAAGAAAUCAGUUGCCUGGUUCCAAAGACGGCCUUUGCUUGUUUUUCCAUGUUGUUCAGUGUACCACAGAGUAAAAUAAACACGCAGGUUCCAA